CCUGUAUAAAUGUCUUUGUUCUGUUGAACACAAAGGAAGAUAUUUUGAAGGAUAUUUGUAACCAAACAGUUGUGGGGCAUUAUUGACUUGUAGUAUGGAAAGAAAAAAUACUAUGGAAGUCAAUGAUGCCCCACAGCUGUCACGGUAAUAUUGUGAUAGUACCCAGCACUGCUGUUAACCCAAAUUUUCAUUUUUGGGUGAACUAUCCCUUUAAUGUUCUCAAAACAUUUAAAUAUGUAUAUCAUUUUUGUUUCUGCGCAAAUUCGUUAUUAAAAUAUAGCCUAAGCUAUUCAUUUACACAGUGGCGGUCAUAACUUGUUUUCAUGACAGAUUUAUUUAAACAUACAUUAAACAUAUACAUUAAAUAAUCAAGAUAGGUCAAGUAAAAUAUAAUGAAUAUAGGCUAAUAUAGUGCAUAUAUGCAGUGAAAAAGUUAAUUUCUCUAGCGAACUAACAAGCUGUGGGCACUGAAUGACUUUACUGAGGUAAAUGCUACGUGACAUAGGCUAUUGGUUACAAGCUGUUUUAUUCACGUCUACGAUUACAUGAGAUUCAGUAAAUUGUACUGUAUCAUUCAACAUACCUUCAGAUGUUCAUUAUUGUUUGUUCUGUAACUAGUAUUAAAGAGGAAGAGAUGAUCACGUUCACUUGCGCUCCAUGCUGCCGCUUGAACUGAGGUGCCUGUAGCCUACAGCGUCACAUCAAAGAGUGUCAAAAUAGCAUUUAUUGUUUAAAUUUCGUGAUAAAAUGGACAGAAUUGUAGGGAUGAGACUUUGUUUCUUAUCGAAAGUAACACAACACAGAGCUGGAGCUUAUUGCGAUUAUUGGUGGUUAAUGGGCUACAGUUCUGUAUUUGUCGGUGCACAUGUGUACCAAACCGAAAUACGUGUACCAUUACACCCCUAGGAUUCAUUUUAUUGAAUUAGAAUCACACAACGUGAUCAGUGUAGUCCAAUUCCUGACCAAACGAAUGACUCUUAUAAUGGGCCAGUCCUUUUACUGAAUCAGAAACAAUGCGAUCAAUGUUGAGACAGUUGAGUCAAAAAUGCAUAGCAUGACCAGUGAUAGUCCAAUUCUCAAACAAUGACUCUCUUAAAACAUUUUUAGUGAAUCAGAAACAUACAACAUGAUCAGUGUAGUCCGAUUGCCGGCGAAUGAAUCGCAUGACUUGCUUAUUUUUAGUGAAUCAAAAACAUAGCACCACCAUAGUCUAAUUUCCCAAUGAAUUAUGAGCCUAUUCUUUGUAGUGAAUUAAAACCAUAUACAGCAUGUUUUUGUUCUGGUUCUUUUUCAGUUUAUCAAAAACUAUAAACCAACCUGAAUGGGUACGGCUAUUAGUUUUGUCAUGUCCGACUCAAAAAAGCAAACAAUGAACCAAUAAAAAAAGUGGUUUCCCUCAUUUUUGGAGCUUUACAUCCCUAGUCCUCAUUCACUUUCAUUAUAUGAAACAGAGCAGCUUGAACAUUCUGCUAAACUUCUCAUUUUAUGUUCCACAGACGAAAGAAAGUCCUACAGAUUUAAAGCGACAUGAAGGUGAGUAAAUGGUGCCAAAAUUUUUCGUAAUUAAAUAGUCCUUUAAAGAAACUAAAUAUUAUUUAUGUUCAAAUCAAUAGUAGAUCUGCAUAUUUAAAAUACAUCGUACUGCCACUGCCUUCUUCCUAAAGAUUCUCAUUGGGGAGCCCAUUAUAUUACGCCCUAUUGAUUAUUACAGGCUCAAUCCAUUAUGAAUAAUGAAUUGCCUUCAUGGUGAUUGUGCUCCCUGGGAAUAAUGAAAGACAAGUGAGAUUGUAGCGUGGGCUCUUGUUGAUCUCACGCCUCUCAGUCCUCACACACACACACACAUGAACGCACAUAUAAAGCUUGUUUCUCCACCGCAGCACCGCCAAAGGGAGCUGCGCUCUCUCACGCGCACGUUUCUUCACACAAUGUGAGAUGAGAUGUGAUGAGAUGACAUUAUUUUCCAGCCUGCUCCCAUCAUGCCAAAUGACACAGACAUGCCACUGUCGAUGUGCGCGCUGGGACGCGGAUCACGCAUCUCCCUCGCCACCGUCUACUCCUUCAUGUGCGUUCUGGGUACCGUCCUCAACCUCCUAGUUAUCUAUUUGGUGGUGACGUUCAAGAAGCUCCGCACAGCCAGCAAUGCGUUUAUCGUGAACGGCUGCGUGGCAGAUCUGCUGGUUUGUGCUUUCUGGAUGCCCCACGAAGCGGUUGCCACCUCCACUGGGACUUUUCUGGUGGUGGGUUACCAGGCAUUCAAAGAAGCGCUGCUGUUUCUCGGAAUCACCGUGUCACUGCUCUCACAUUCGCUUAUUGCUGUGAACAGGUACGUUUUGAUCACCAAAACACCUGCUGUGUAUCAAAGUCUGUAUCAGAAGAGAAACACAGAAUGGAUGAUCGCAGGAUCGUGGCUCGUCUCGUUGGGCUCUUUGUUCCCGUGGCUCACGUCCUUUCGAUACCCGCCUGAGAGAUGCCGAGACGCAGAGGACAGAUCCUUCACCACGGUGUCUGUUUUGUCCAGUCGGUUUGCCGCAAGCACUUUGGCGUUCACUAUCAUUGGACAAACCGUUGUCGUCAUGUACUGCUACUUUAAAAUUUUCCGCCGGGUGCAAAUAAGUGUGAAGAGGGUCAGUAUUUUGAAUUUCCAAAUCGUGAACAACCUCCCUUAUUCAUUCCCGAGAAAGGACAAGCGACUCGGCUUCUACGUUCUCGCAGUGUGCUUAAUUUUUAUUCUUACAACCGAACCCAUUUUUUGGGUUCUCAUCACCGGACUGUUCAUCCCGGUGUCAGUGGCGCUUUGGACAUCAACUUGGAUCGUGUUCUGCACUAUAUUUGUAUCCAAUCCCUUUCUGUACACCUGGAAAAAUGAGGAGUUUAGGAAGUCGUUCAGGUCUGUGAUGAGAGGAGACUUCUUGCGGGGAUCCACGGUCGGGGUCGAGCCCAUCACCAUCAACGCCAUUUCUCACAUCUUCCCGAGACAAAACAGCCGCAGGGCAUUUCUGGGCGAGAUGAACUGAGAUAAACCUGCGAAAACUAUACGACUAGUACUGUGGCCAAAUUUCGCUUGUGCCGGUGGUUUUUCAGUCACGAUGAGCUGCAUGUGUUUUACAGUGUUUUGUAAAGCAAAGUUUUUGUAACAUUUUUGUGAAUGUUGAAGUGUCAAUUGUUUUUGCACAACUGUGAAGACUACACAACUUUUUUAAAUAAGAAAUGUUUAUGAAUGUUCAAAUAAAUCAGAAAUAUCUCAA